CGGGACGAAGAAAAGAAACCCACAUGGACAACAACACCAAGCGGGUCAGGAGAACCAGCCGACCCGGGUCCGACUCGCUCGGCGGCGACUCGGGGAUUUUGAACGAGCGCGUCCUCGUCCUCGUCUUCGAGUCGCUGAAAUGGGACCUCCACACGCUCACCGCCGUCGCGGCGGUGAACCGGAAGCUCGCGGCGGUGGCCGCAAGGCUCCUCUGGCGGGAGCUCUGCCUCUACCGCGCCCCCCGGAUGCUGGCCACAUUGACGAGCGGGCCGGCGCCCUCCGCCGCCGCUUCCCCCGGAGGUCGGAUCGACGGCGGGUGGAAGGCCCUCGCGAAGCUGAUGCUCUUCUGCUGCGGCUAUCGCGGCGGCGGCGGAACUGGGUUUCCCUCGCCGUCGAAUUCGCCGGGACACGUGGCGAAGGCGUCGCGAUUCUCGAAGACGUCGGGGAGGAGCUUCCUGGCGAAGAAGUGCAGGGGGGAUUUGCUGUACGUGAGCGACCCGUGCGAGCACCCGACGGCGGAGGCAGGGGAGGAUUUGGGGGUUUACAGGGGGAUUUUCCGGGGAUUCAUGAGGUCCAAAACGAGGGCGUUUUUGGUGAAGCGGGGAGUGAGGCUGGAGGAGAAGGUGAGGUGUCCGUACUGCGGGGCCCGCGUGUGGAGCAUGACGGCGGCGAGGCUGGUGCCGAGGAGCGCGGCGAGGAGGCUGGGGUCGAGGGACGGCGGGCUGGAGUAUUUCGUCUGCAUCAACGGGCACCUGCACGGGAUGUGCUGGCUGAUACCGCUCUCGUCGUCGGAUGACGACGAAGAUGGAGCGGAGGAGGCUAACAGCGACGGCGAAUUGGACGGUGAUUGCAGGGGAAAGGUGGAGAACGGGAGUACUAGCUCGGCCAGGGAAAAAAUGUAAUGGUCAAGUGAUAAUUUUUCUCUCUUUAUUUUACCUUGUGGGUUUUUGGGAUGUUUUUUGUGAUCUGUAAUGGGUGAGUUAAUGUAGGUAUUAGGUAAUGUAACAGUAGUGGACUAGUGGAUGUACAGUUGUGGUAACUGAUGUAACACUCUGCUUGCUUCGUUUAGAACGAAUCGGUCGAUAUCGAUCAGGAUUGCUUCAUUGCUCGAUCCAGUAGAGCGUCGGAGUUUCUUGUAUGGAGCUUGAUUUCAUGUCAUCCAUGCCCCUGCUCACAAAAGCACUACAGUCCAUCGUUUUCAAAACAAGUCCAGUAGCUACAUGGGUGGAAACAGAGUGAAGAAACAGAGUUCUACAUCUUUUCUCGCAUUUGGGAAAUCUCUCUGUUUCAAGAUUCCUUCCAAAACUAAUAUGGUGGUUCAUCAUCCAUAACUAAACUGCAUAGAACGAA